ACAAAGACAUAGCCUAGACAUUCUAACUUGCACACCGAGAAGUUGCUGUUGCGGCAACGAGUGUUCUGUGAGAAGCUAUCGUUGUAAAUAUUACUGAAAAGACAGUAUUUGAACUUUGAUUUAUUUGGUGAAGUAGUAAGGAACGACCGUUCAAGAUGUAUGGCCGAUACGUAGUUGCUUUUUUUCUGCUCGUUUGCAUUGGAUGUUUCACAGAAUGCAGAAGUGGCUGGAAGACAUCAAAGAAUGGCUAUUUUGUCUACAAGGCAACCAGCAAUGUUAGCCUGUCUGAGACAUUAAAGAUCAACGGCACAUUUUCUGUCAAGCAAUACAGCCGAAACCACAAUGUUCUCCUUGCAGUAGAAGAUUCAAAUGGAAAUUUGGCCUUUCAAGUCUCUUUUGAUAACGGAUGGUCAAAAAUCACAACAAAAGACAAUUCUGGCAGAAUUGUUCAUUCAAAGAAGCAGAUGCAAACAACAAACUUCGGGUUUCCUUUUUUCUUCGAAAUAAUUUUCACUCAAAAGAACGAAUCUUCAAGAUAUUUGAAAAAGGCUAUACAGGUACGGGUUUUGCACAGUGAGCAAAUGACGCAAACAUGGGAAUCAUACGAAGGUGCAAAAUGGAAUUUAGAAAAUGCCACACUUUACAUUGGUGGAUACAAGCCCACAGGUGUUGAUUCUGGUGAUUUCUUCGAAGGCUGCAUUUCUGGUGUGAUGUUCCAAGGCAUUGACAUUAUCGGCAAAUAUUUCCAGCAAUACCCAAGCAACACAAAUCCAGUGAGAGGCAGUGGGGUCAUUGGUGCAUUCAGUAAUGUGUCUCAAACUUGCGACGACAAGAACUCAAGUUCUCUAGGAAAGACUCCUUGCUGGAAAACUGACGACAAAUGUGGUCUCUCCUACAAACUGACGCCUGUGAAGUCAAAUAAUGUGAUUUUAAAUUUCACAAUGAAGUUCUCGACAAAAAUAUUUAGCCAGAAGAAUAAUGUGCUAUUUGCUAUUGAAGAUGCUGAUGGAAAGUUUGCAUUGCAACUUUCGGCCUAUACAGUAUUUCUGAAUGCAAGAUAUUUGAAUACUGCCGGAGGUUUUACGACAACUGGGAAUGAAAUCCUUGGUGUGAGCUCAGGAGCAGUUAUCUCUCAAGAGAUUUUGAUCAAGCAAGACAAUAGCUUACAAAAGCCAUACAUCUAUUACAAUGUUAAACCCACGUUGUCUAUAAAAAGCACUUUAGUUAAGCCUCCAAAUCUUUCGAGUGUAACAGUGUAUAUUGGUGGCUACAGUAAAACGGGUGGAGAUGGUGAUUUCUUCGACGAUUGCAUCCACAGCGCUUUUAUCAAUGGUGUAGAUGUUGUUGGUACCUACCUGAGUGGAGGAAGCCAACAAAUUGUCACCAAAGACUGCUUUUUGAAACCUACACUGAAUCCUACAACCAAACCAAGUGAUGCUAAUCUUGUGGCAGUGGCAUCACCCUUGCUUAUUUUUAUGCUUGCAGUUUCUCUCUUUGGAAUGUGAUUUCUUGAUUUCAUAAUAUUUCAAUACGUUAGAUGCAAGAAAAGCAAUGCUUUUGCUUUUUAUUAAAAAGAUGCUUAUAAUACGCUGAAACACACACACACACAAUAUGCUUAUUCAUUUAAAAUUAUUGGAUUCAUUUCAUUUCAAAGGAGAAGGGCCAUAGGACAGAAGCGUUUGGCUAUCUUUUAUUAACAAUGCAAUCUGCUUGACAUGUAAGGAGCAUUUUCUUCUGAACCCUUUUGCAGCCCUUGUAUUUUUCAUCGCUUUCCGUAUAUUUAAAGGCGGUUGGGCUGAAAUCACAUAAAAUUAACUCCCCGGAUCUUUCCGAAAAUUUAUAUUUGAUUUCUUUACGAACUACGAGAAACUCUUAAGAAGUUUGGCUAUUUGGAUUAUAUCGUGAAAAUGUGAGUUUAAUGAAAAUAUCGGCCUAGUAAAUUUUGCUGGCUGGUCAGAAGACAUAGGCAUGAUUGUAUAAAUCUUAUUAAAACCUGGACGGCAAAUUUAAAUAAACAUUGGCUUGACUAUAGAUUGAUUAAAUGAUAUCUACCAAUGCAUUUUUCAAAAAGAACUUGCGGAAUUGUUUUUCUUCCUUUUGUUUGGAGUGUCUAUAGUGUUCAUAAAUUUGACGUCACGAAAAAGCUAUUCUAACAAUUUUUUAAUAUUUACCACAUAACAUAGAAAUAAUCUUUUUAAUACUUCCGGGUGAGAGGUAUCCAAAAAAAGAAUUGCAAUUUUCUAACGGAUCACUGUUAUUUGGCUCUAUUAAAAAAUUAUGAACAGACACAAAAUUAAAGAGGUUUGAUUCAGGCAAGAGCAUUUGCUCAUCUGGCCAUAUCUCCGCCAAUUCUUGAAAUUCUUCACUGAUUUUUUGUAUCAGGGUGUGUUUCAGGAUGCGGUUUCAAGUUGUGGGAUCGAAAUCUGAAGUUUUAGAAAGGGUUGUUGUGACUUCAUUAUUUAAAAACUCUAUUGGCUGCUGCUGCCUGGUUAUACUUAAAGUUUUGAUGAUCAGGAGCUGUUUUUUGCUUGUGCCAAUAUGCUUAAUACAUACUGUUGGUAAAAACGAAUAAUUAUUGCUUUGAUGAUCCGAGGCUUUUUAUUUGCUUGUGUCAAUAUGCUUAAUACAUGCUGUUAAUAAAAACGAGAAAUUAUUA